GUUCGCCUCUUUAUCGGCUGGCAGCCCGUCCCCACUGUUCUCGGGGGCGCUAUCCGCCCGGUAAAAGGCGAGCGAGUAGCAUCGAGGUCUGGUCUUUUUCCCACCGAGCAGCAGAGCCGUCACUUACCCACACCCAAGCGACCAAGACUAGGCACAGAUGCGUCAACAUAUCUCCGUACACAGCCCCUCAGUCUUGGCUGCAGAACACCCCGAAAGAAUUGCCAUAACCACCUGCCUUGCCCUGCAUGGGGCGGGAGGAAUCCUCCUGCCCUCCCCACUCAGACACCCUGCUUCAAGUUUCGCUUGACAUCCCAGAGUUCGGCAUGUCAAAGCGCCUACCGAGUGUCUUGCAUCUCCUGUCCAAAGCUUGCCCUGCGCGAGCAAGUCUCUUGGCAAACAAGUCGCAAUCCCGCCCAUAUUGCCGGCUGAUUCGGAUCGGAGCGCUCUGGCCGUUCAUCGCCGGACCAGGAGGAGCCGUGUGACUGACCACACGUCGGUCUUCUUGAUGGUCAGAGUACUGCCGCCGAACAAUAUCCCCGAGCCGGCGCCCCCGAUUUCAACAACAUCCGGCCUCCGGGUCUCGACAAAGACUGUCAUCGAAUCUCCGAGCGCCGGGAGACACCGUCGGCGCUUCUGCGAGGCUGGAUCAUCCCCGAUGCUUGAGUUGUUGUAGCCUUGCCAGUGCGGCUUGUCUCUCGCCCCUCGCGAAGGCUCCCGACCUCAGACGUUGCCAACAGAAAUCUCCCCUACAGGCUUUUAGCCGGCCAGUCAGUGGCCGCAGCCACCCUGCCCGAGCGCCGAGGCCCUGAUAGUUGCACAUCCCUUGGCCGCCGAGCCCUUGGCUCAGGCCCGUGUCUUGGUCCCGCAAAUCGCCGUCGUCUUGGCCGAUGAUCGCAUGGAGUCCCCCCAUAUCUCGAAGCUCAGGAAGGCCACGAUGAGCGCCACAUGACCGGUACUCAGGACGGCGCCAAGGAUGUGCUGUGCCGUGACGGGUGGCCGCGACGGAUGGCGAUGGGUUUGGCCUUCCUCGACCUCUGGUAGCCCGGCCCGCCACCAAACUUUCAUUAAACACACCCCUUGUGGGCUGACCUAGGCGCCCCUGUUUCCCCUUGUGCUCGCGGAGCGCGAGCCGGCCUCUGAGAGAUUGGCGUGGAGCAGCCUCCUAGGGUUCAUUUGUGAGGCCAAGCUCCAUCGCGUCGCCUACUACCCGUCAGGGUGAGUGGGAUAAAUCGGCAGCCUACUUGAUGCCUCCAUUCGACUCUUGGCCUGCUCCGGAUGCCGGGAGGCGGCCGUGUCCCUCUUCGGCACUGGUCUCUCCGUCACGCGGAAUAGGGAAGUGCUUGAGGAGGGAGAGCAGAGAGCUGGUUGGUUGACAGGAGGAUGGCAUCAUGGAGAUGUCCACAAGGGCCCUCGACCAGUUCUAGGCAUAUAAAACGCCCGGGCCCGACCUGUGUUCUACGUCUGGUCAUAAUGCCACUCGUGUCCGCCAUCGAGAACGAAAAGCUCUGCAGCAGCUUACUCGCCAGCACUCCUUCAGCUUGAACUCGCCUCACUGCCCAAUAUGAAGCGCUCACUUUGUGCCUCCCUGUCGAUGCUGGCCGCUGCCGUCGGCCAGCAGGUCGGUAAGGAGACGUCGGAGACGCACCCCCGCAUGACCUGGCAGAGGUGCACGGCCGCGGGCUCGUGCAGCAACGUCAACGGAGAGGUCACCAUCGACGCCAACUGGCGCUGGGUGCACGACAUCAACGGCUACACCAACUGCUACGAGGGCAACUCGUGGGAUACGUCGGUCUGCAGCACCAACGCCGACUGCGCCAAAAAGUGCGCCGUCGAAGGCGUCAACUACAGCCAGACCUACGGCGUAUCGACGAGCGGCAAUGCCCUGACGCUCAAGUUCGUCCAGAAGCACGAGUACGGAACUAAUAUCGGGUCGCGCAUGUACUUGAUGAACGGCGCCUCCAAGUACCAGAUGUUUACCCUGAUGAAUAACGAGUUCGCGUUUGAUGUCGACCUUUCAACCAUCGGCUGCGGCCUCAACAGCGCCCUGUACUUUGUGGCGAUGAAGGAGGACGGCGGCAUGUCCUCGGAGCCAAACAACAAGGCCGGCGCAAAGUACGGAACGGGUUACUGCGACGCCCAGUGCGCGCGCGACCUCAAGUUCGUGGGCGGGCAGGCCAACGUCGAGGGGUGGAAGGAGUCCGACUCGGACGAGAACGCGGGAGUGGGCCGGCUGGGCGCGUGCUGCGCCGAGAUCGACAUCUGGGAGUCCAACAGCCAGGCCUUCGCCUUCACGCCGCACCCGUGCGAGAACAACAACUACCACGUGUGCGAGGACCAGAACUGCGGCGGCACCUACUCUGAAGACCGCUUCGCCGGCGGCUGCGACGCCAACGGCUGCGACUUCAACCCGUACCGCAUGGGCAACCCGGACUUUUACGGCCCCGGCAAGACCAUCGACACGACCAAGAAGUUCACCGUCAUCACGCGCUUCCAGCCCGGCCGCCAGUACCAGGUCCUGAUGCAAGGAGGACGCACCUUUGAGGUCCCCGGCGCCAAGUUCGACGGCAUCCCCGGCGAGAACGCCCACCUGACGCCCGAGUUCUGCGACGCCCAGUUCAGCGUCUUUGACGACCGCAACCGCUUCAAGGAGGUCGGCGGCUUCACCAAGCUCGACGCCGCCAUCCGCAUCCCCAUGGUCCUGGUCAUGUCCAUCUGGAACGACCACCACUCCAACAUGCUCUGGCUCGACUCCAUCUACCCGCCCGAGAAGGAGGGCCAGCCCGGCGCCGCUCGUGGCCCUUGCCCCCAGGACUCGGGCGACCCGAACACGGUCGUCACGGAGCAGGCCAACGCCAAGGUCAUCUGGUCCAACGUCCGCUUCGGCCCCAUCGGCAGCACCUACAAGGUCUGAGGACGGUCUCGGACAGCGUUGACGGGCGCGAGCAGGAGAGAAGUGGACGACUUGGCACGAUGACGGUCGUGGGCCUCGUCCUCGGCUUCCGUCUCUUAUCCACCUCCCGGGCCCUGAGAAAAUUGGGUAAAUAGCACGCUUUCUGUACAUAUUGUGGCCACUGCUUUCUCGCCCCUUUGCUAUCCAUAGCCUCAGUUGCAGAUUGAGAACUUGAAUCUGAGGCCAUUACUACUCUAUGGUUCUUCCUGUCCUAUCAUACCAAAUAUUUCAAUACGUGUGUACCAUGUGAUUUUCUCAAGGCAAAACAAAGCAAGCGAACAAAAGAGACGAUCUAUUCUAGUAGAUAAACGAGACCAGUCUAUGUCAACGCCCUCGCUCAUGCAA